GAAUUUAUUUGCAAUCGCAUUUAUGCAUACAUUUCUCUUGCAAGAAAAAUAAAUGUUUUUUUUUUCUCAAAAUAAUUUCCUUAAAAAAGUAAAACAAAAUAAAUAUCCCCAUCCAAGCAGGAUUGUAAAAUAAAAAAAAAAAAAAAUUAAUUUAUUACUCCUCUUUUGUAAAGAAGUACAUCCCCCAAGUUUACAUUUUUGACCGGCGUUUUUUGAAAGUUGCAUCUGUUCAAAAGAAAGGAAGUACCUUUAUUUGGAAGGAAAAAGUCCCAAACAGAGCCAAACCACGCAAAAAGCAGCAACCCCCACCACGUACAAAAUUAACCCCCCAGGCAGUACAAAAUGUUUUACGGAAAAGUAAUUAAGGCAGACGAAAUCGUCGUACCGGAGAUUAAGGACGGAUACUCUGUUAUCCAUCUAUCGAGAGCAUGUUUAAAUAAUCCUGAGGAUGAAGGAAAAUUGUACGUACAAGUAGAAGAUGCCAAUGGAUGCUAUAACAUCUGCUGUUUGCAAAAAAACGUGUGUGAAGAUACAGCGUUGGAUAUAUUUUUAAUGCUAGAUAAUGAAGUAAAGCUAAAAACGAGUGGAAGUAAAAACGAAGUCCAUAUUGUUGGAUAUUACGAAGUUUCAUUUGGUCAGGACCAUUUGGAUGAUGAUGAGGAAGACGAAGAGUUGGAAGAUGAAGAUGAUGAAUAUGAAAAUGAAGAGGUUAGAAUGCUUACGAGGAAAAAUACACUGAAAAAUUCGCUAGCUAAUGGAUUUGGAAAAAAGAAGAAAAAAAAUUCUUUGGAUGAAGAUGAUGAAACGAAUGUAGGAAAUAACGAUGACGAUGAUGAGGAUGAUGACGACGAUGAUGAGGAGGAUGAAGAUGAUGAAGAGGGAGAAGAUGACGACGAGGAGGACGAUGAAGAGGAUGACGAUGAGGAUGAAGAUGAAGAGGAUGAGGAUGAAGAGGAUGAGGAGGACGAGGAAGAUGAUGAAGACGAUGAAGACGAUGAAGAUGGGACAAAAAACAAAGGAGAGAAAAAAAAAAACGGACCAAAAAAAAAUAAAAAUAAGAGAGCGCUGGAUAACAAAAAUGAUGGCCCAUCCAAAAAAUCCAAAUUGUUUGACGAAAGUCAGUACGAAAAAGACCUCGUUGCAUUUUUAAAAAAAAAUGGAAAGUGCAAAUUGCCCGAGUUAGGAAAAGUCAAGAAGCCCGAAGGACUGAAUAUGAAAUUGGGCUUCUUUAUUAAGAAGCAUUCAAACGUGUUUAAGUUAGACGCAGAUAGCCAAGUGGUUUCGUUGAAGAAUAACUGA